GUAGUAAACGUACAAAUAAAGUUUUUACUGAGUUACUUUAGCCUACAUCAUUCUUACUUACAAAAAGUUUUCAAAAAAGGUUUAUGAUGAGUAAACAAGUUUAAAAUGUUGUUCAAAUGAAAAGUGAAAACUACGUUGUUUGUUAUUUUCUUCUAAUUAUGUCACUAAGAAACAUUAUAACGCAAUAUAGUUACCCAGCACAAAAAUCAUUAACACGUUAUUCAGUGACUGUUUUCAAAGAAAAAAGAGUUGAUAAUAAUACAGAUAUAAUAGAAGUACAUACGAAUUAUAAACAAUGCGUUGCUGCUUGCUUUAGAAAAAACUCGUGUAAAUCAAUUGACGCCGAAAUUUUGAACAAUGGUACGUUGAGGUGUCGGUUUUUUAAUAUAACUUCUCCAAAUGUUCAGUUUGCUGAAGGAUUUCUCUUUAUUUCUAUGAAACCGCCUAACUGUUCUCUUAGCUGCAGUUUAACACUGAAUCCGUGCGGAAAAUGUAAAUGCCAUCCGUCUUGUGCUGGGAGAAAUCGACGCCCGUAUAUUUGUAACUGCAAAAAAGCAGCAGGAAUAGAAAAGACUUGCCAAGACCAUUACAAUAAUGGUUUUAAAAAAACUGGAAUUUAUCAAAUUAGUCCAAAUGGUUCUGUAUUUGAGACUGCAUGUGAGAUGGAAAAAGUUGAACAACAAAAUCCUAAAGUAACAAACCCAAUAUGCUAUUCAUUGAAAUCAAACUCACAGAUAUUAUUUUACAAUUCAGUAUCAUAUUGUGUUAUAACAUGUGCAAACUUCUCUGGAGUUGAUACGAUGUUUUUUUCUCGAAAUUUGGGUUGUUUCUGUGGACAGAAACAAGAUAGUUCCAAACUGCUAAAUAAUCAAUCAGAUUAUUGCACUAUUGAUUCAUCAUCAAAAAAUUGCAUAUUAUCAAAAGUGGAUUCUAAUCAACUUAUUGGUUAUGUUAAUCUGUUCAGUAUUGGUUACAUUUCAUGGGGUUCAUGUUUAAGCUUUUGUGUAGAUUAUCAGCAAAAAAAUCCAACUCAGAAUGGACAUGUGGCAAGUUUUAUAGCAGAUGUUUAUGGAGACUGUCAGUGCUUUUAUGGAUUUAGUGGUCAAAAAAUCUCUUUUAAUUUAGGUUGUUCAUUUUAUGAGACAAUCCCACCAACAACACUUCCAAAAAUUAAAGUCGAUGAACGUGUGUUGACAUUGAAUAAUUUGCUUGCAACAUUGACAUCUUUAGAAAAGACAUACUCUGUUUCUUUUAAUCUAUAUCUUACAUCAUUAUCAGAAACUUAUGAAAGUGUUAUUCAUUUAACAAUUGGGGGCAAUACUGAGCAAUAUGGUGACAGAUGUCCUGCUGUAUGGGUUAAAUCAGGACAGUUGUUCAUUUGUUCUGCAGUAAAUUUAGAAAAAAACUAUUGUAUAACCACAGAUCAACUUCCACUAUAUGUGUGGUCAACUAUAAAGAUAUCACAAAUCAAACAAAAUGGAUUAUAUGAAUACAACAUACAUAUAGAUGAAUCUGUUGUUUAUAGCACUGUAAAUAAUUAUCCCCAAUCUUUUUCAAAUGUUUAUGUUUAUUCUGCAGAUCCUUGGCAUCGUGAAUUUAAUGGCUCUAUUAGAGAUCUAAGAAUUAUAAAUGAAAAUGAUAUUGAAACUUCAGACCCUGUUGAGCAGAAGUUGAUUAAAAGUAACUUGAAUGCAACACUAUCCUUUCUAGAAAAAACCUAUUCAGUUUCUUUUAAAAUAAAACCCAGAUCAUAUUCAUUCGGGUGGAAAAGCGUUAUUCAUUUAACAAUCGGAGGCAAUUUGGGUCGAUAUGGUGAUAGAUGCCCAGCCGUAUGGUUUCUUUAUGAUGGCUCAGGGAGGUUAUAUAUUUCAUCAGCUGUCAAUGGAAAUUACGAUUAUAUUUUUACAACCGAGCCUCUGCCGUUAAAUCAGUGGUCCAGUUUACGAAUAUCACAGUUUCAAAUAAAUGGAAUUUAUAUGUAUACAGUGUAUUUAAAUGAGUUACUUGUUCAUAGUGUUGUAAAUAAAAAGCCACAAUCUUUUUCAAAUGUUAAAGUUUAUACUGCAGAUCCAUGGUCUGAUGCACAAGAUGGCUCCAUUAAAGAUCUUAAAAUUACAGGUGGAAGAAGUGGAAUCUGGAUUCCAAUGAUGACUCGUUUUUCCAAAUGGGAUUCAAGUUUUUGGAAUAGGAGUUACGAGUCUUAUGAAAAUGGUUUUGGUCUAAUUAAUCAGCAAUGGAUUGGUUUAAAAAAACUUUAUCAAAUAACAAACACUUUUUUCACAGAUAUGAGAGUUGAUUAUUUUUUCGAAGAGAGUAUUACAUUUAGUACAAUGUAUUAUAAUUUUAGUAUUGGUUCGAGCAAAGAUAGUUAUGUGUUAAGCUAUGAAAGUUACGAUCCGAGAGACUCGUUUGAACCAGAUCGACUCAACGCUAAUGGCACAACAUUUAAUAGUUGCAGCAAAUGGUGGACGACUAGUUGCAACGAAUAUGUGUCUCCGACUUCAUCUAAUCAGAUUUCAUAUGGAUCAACAGAAAGUUUGCUUUCCAUACAAUUCUUUCUACGUACGAACGAAAUUAAGCAAAAAAUAUUAAAAUAAAGAUAAAAUAGAUCAUAGCGUAACGGAUUGAACGAACGUUUUUUUGU